UCAACGUCACGACGACAAUCAGCACGGCAACACACCGUCACAAUGGCCGCUACCAAGAACGAGACUCCCCGCACCGGGCUGGCAGCCGGUCUCAACAAGGGCCACAAGACCACCCCGCGCGUCACCAAGCCGCGCGUGAGCCGUACCAAGGGCCACCUCAGCAAGCGGACCGCGUUCGUCCGUGAGCUCGUCAAGGAGGUCGCUGGUCUUGCUCCCUAUGAGCGCCGCAUCAUUGAACUGCUCCGCAACAGCAAGGACAAGCGCGCUCGCAAGCUCGCCAAGAAGAAGCUCGGCACCUUCGGUCGCGCCAAGGCCAAGGUCGAGGACAUGACCCGUGUCAUCGCCGAGUCUCGUCGUGCUGCCCACUAAGCGGCUCGUCGCUUCUCUUGCUCUGACGGCUCAGGGUGGACGUCGAGGGAUCUGAUGACGGAUUCUGGGGAGGGAUACGAGUUGAUGGGAGGGACUUGCUCUCCCAAAUAGCGUCUUAGGCUUGUUUCUUGAAACAAGCUAGCCAUCCAGAUCAGAAUCGACCUCGCGUUGCCUUGACA